GGGAAAAGAAGAACGUCAGAGAUAUGCAGGGUAUUGUCUGACUAAAAAUACAUAUUCCAAGUGAGCACGAGGUGAAGAAGCUAAUUAAAUUACUCUAUCAUUGGACUUCAAGAUAAAUACGCUUUCUAAAGUGCUAAUUGAUUAUAUUUCAUGCAAAAAGAAGAAAUUAGUUCUUAAACCCAAACGAAUUGUCCGUCAAAAUACGAAGCAAAACGAUAUUUUGUAAGUAAAACUACACUUAUGAACUAUGCCUAAACCUAACAGAAAUAAACUUACAGCUAAAGUCUAUAUUACACCAUAAACUGGUGUUCAUAUUUACUUGAAGAAAAUCGACCCGUGAGACAGUUCGACUAGUGGGAACAAACUUUAGAAAAUAUCUACAAAAUCACCAUGGAUAGUGCGCCUAACGGUACGAAUACCCCGAAAACUCCCGUCGUCCCCGGGCAGUCCAGUUGCGUCAACUGCGAUCGUCCGGAUCGUGCAGGCGACUUAGUGCAGUGUGACACCUGUGACUCGUGGUGGCACCAAACGUGUGCGGGGGUUACAAGCUCAGUAGCAGAGCGCGCGUGGAGCUGCCGUUUAUGCUUCAUCGAGGUAAGCAGUAAGCAGACAACGUCAUCCAUAAGGUCCGCACGGGUUGCGUUGCAGUUUGAGAAAUUGAAGGAGCAAAUGGAUAUGGAGAGGAGAUUUUUGGAAGAAAAAUAUAAACUUCUGGAGGCCGAAUGCGACGCCCGGGAGGAGACUGCGAGUCGCCGGUCAAAAAUUAGUAAACACGCUAACAUCGACAAGGUAAGGAAGUGGAUUGGUGAGAAUGCAGGUCAUGUAGAAGGCGCCAUAGGUCCAGCUGAUGACAACAGAGCGGCCGCCUCGACGCUGCCUCUCACAACACUCAACCAAAGCGAAGCCGUAGCCGUGGAUACCACCAACUCCGUGUCAGCGAUGAACAUAGUCGAAUUCCAGACGAGUCCGUUAAAACAUCCCGAGAUUCCAGUGAGGCAGCAGGAAUUGGUGGCAGAGCGACCGAUAAGCGUACCACAAAGCGCGCCACAUGCAGAAGGGUCAACUGGUGCCGCUGAAAGUCUUCCAGCGCUGCUUCUAUAUCCGUUACGUCCAAAUCCGGAAGCUUCAUCGACUCAACCGCUCAAAUCCCCGGGUCCAGCGAAGAACAAAGGAGCGAUUCCCAAAGUGCCGAAGCCUGUUAACCAGACGCAGUGGGAAAAGCGCCCGGAUAAAGUAUGUAAAAGCCUCCCUCAGCCCCCCGUACAACCAUCACAAGGUAAGCCACACCAGACUUUACCCUAUAUUGCCCCUGCUCAACCGAGCAGCGAUCAUGAAAUCCUGCAACAAUUAAUUCAUCAACUGGGAAACAUGAUCCGAUCACACCCAGAACAGAACCCUCCAUGCCAUAAUGCCUUCUCAGGAACCUCUAAUUCGCUCCCACAAUCGAAUAUUGCUCCGCCUCUCAGAGAUGUUCCAAUUGCUUCAGAACUCUCGGGAGUGUCAGAAUAUGUCCCUACACCCUCGCAGUUAGCCGCUCGGCAAGUUAUGCCAAGAGACCUCCCCCAGUUCUCAGGCAACCCAGCGGACUGGCCUGUAUUUAUAAGCAGCUUUAAAAACUCUACGCUUGCUUGUGGAUACACCAGGGCUGAAAAUUUAUGUCGAUUACAACGCUGUCUGAAAGGCGCGGCCUAUGAAGCGGUGCAAAGCCGUCUCCUACUCCCGGAGUCAGUUCCCCAUGUCUUGGACACACUUUGCUUGCUUUAUGGAAGACCAGAGUUGCUUAUUCAUGCUCUUCUUGACAAAAUUCGUUCUGUCCCUGCACCGAAAGGCGAUAAAUUAGAAACUCUUAUCGAUUUCGGUAUGGCAGUUCAAAAUCUUUGCGACCACUUAGAAGCAGCCGGUCAACACGCGCAUCUAUCCAAUCCAUCCUUGUUAAUGGAACUUGUCGGGAAACUUCCCGCGCAUGUUAAGAUGGAAUGGGGAACAUAUCUACGAAACUUUCCGGAAGUCAACCUUAAAACGUUUGGCAACUUCAUGUCAAAUGUGGUGAUAUCGGCCAGUAAAGUGACAGUGUACAGUGGUGUUAGUGGCAAAAGUGCAUCCGAAGGAACCUCGAAACCUAAACAUCGGGGAAUGAUCAACGCACACUCUGGCGGAACAGAGGAGGUGCGGCUAAAAGAAAUGCUGUGCUACGCGUGUAGGAAACCAGGACAUCGACUACAGGAAUGUGGAAGGUUUAAGUCGUUAACAGUGAAUGAUCGUUGGAAGUGUGUUCAGACUAACGGGCUGUGCCGAAAUUGUCUAUGUGGUCACGGAAGAAGAAGUUGCAGGCGCACAAUUAGUUGCGGAUUGAACGGGUGUCAAUACCGUCACCAUCCUCUACUUCACUCGGUGAGAACUGACACUUCUCUCGGCUCAGGUGGUCAGAAGAGAUAUGCUUUGGAAGAUGUGCGCACCGUUAAGGAGCCUCUCUUCCGAAACAAACAGUUCUGUACGACGAACUAG